AUGACUUUUGCAGAAGAAGAACUUAAUUCAAUGUCGAGACCCCUGCUUCCGACAGAUGAGGAGCAUCUGAAUGAGCAGCUCUCAAGACAACAAUCAUACCAACAGGCUUCGGGCCUGCUCAACACAAAGAGAAUAAACCCUCUCUCAUCACCAAUGAGAAGCACCUCAAAUCUUAAUAUAGCUGCCUCAUUACAGCAGAGAGGCCUCGACCAAAGGGAAAAAGCUUUGACAGAUACUGACAACUUCAUCCAGAUGUACAGCAAACAGGCUCGUGGUAACCGCAUCUCCGAUGAUAAGAUCAAUGAACAGGAUUCCCUAGACGAAUCCUUGGAUGAAGUUUUGGAAGAUGAAGAAGAAGUCAUAACUUUGGAUAGUCUGGAUUUAGGUUACAAUGGGUUAAAUUCAAGCGAAACUCCAGAACCUCUACAUAUACAUCGCCAAAGGCCAUCCGAACAACAACAACAAUCUUCCAGAUACGCAACUCAGUCUGACGGCAUUUCCGUAACUACAGCAAUGAAACAACGUCAAGAGAGCUGGGCUGAAAGAGGCGCCGCCAAAGUUGUACGAGAAGUAACUAAUCCAGAAACAGGCAGUAAAUCAAAACAAGUGAUAUUGAAGGGUAUAAAAGAUUUCAAAUUUGGUGAAGUCCUUGGUGACGGUUCAUAUUCAACUGUUAUGUUGGCUACAUCGAUAGAAACUAAAAAAAAAUACGCCGUAAAAGUAUUAAGCAAAGAGUAUUUAAUCAAACAGAAAAAGGUCAAGUACGUUAAUAUAGAAAAGAAUGCUUUACAAAAAUUAAACAACUCAAGAGGUAUCGUAAGACUUUUUUUCACUUUCCAAGAUGAAGCCAGCUUAUAUUUCUUAUUAGAGUACGCUCCAAAUGGUGAUUUCCUAUCUUUAAUAAAAAAAUUUGGUUCCAUGAAUGAAGAUUGUGCCUCAUAUUAUUCGGCCCAAAUUAUCGAUGCUAUUCAUUUCGUACAUUCAAGAGGUAUUAUUCACAGAGAUAUAAAACCUGAAAAUAUUCUUUUGGAUUCUGAAAUGAAGGUUAAAUUAACUGAUUUUGGUACUGCAAAAAUAUUGGAGCCUAAAUCAAGUUCAUCAUCGUCAAAACAUGAAACAUACGAUUUAUUAACGCGGUCAAAAUCGUUUGUUGGUACAGCUGAGUAUGUGUCACCUGAAUUACUAAAUGAUUCUUACGCAGAUAGUCGUUGUGAUAUUUGGGCUUUUGGUUGUAUCGUUUUUCAAAUGAUAGCAGGCAAACCUCCUUUUAAAGCAACUAAUGAAUAUUUGACUUUCCAAAAAGUUAUGAAGGUUCAAUACGCAUUCACAGCUGGAUUUCCUUUGGUAAUUAGAGAUUUAGUGAAAAGAAUUCUUAUAAAGGCACCUGAACAAAGGUUGACGAUUUCACAAAUUAAAAAACAUCACUUUUUAUCAGAUAGAAAUUUCUCAGAUGGUUCUGUAUGGAAUUUAGCUGCUCCUGAAUUACAACCUUAUCGUGUUAGUGCAAAAUCAAUGCAACCUGUUCCUGCGUUAAGGGACAACACAGGUGCAAACCCAAAGCGUCCAUUAUUAGCAUUGCAAAAAAGACCAAAUUCUCGUGGCGCCAGCCCUUCUACACCUGUUCCUCCAAAAAGUCCUUCUCCAGUUAGUCAUUCUACAGAAAAACCAGCCCAGAAAAAAGUUAUGGAUGAAAGAACAGCACAUAUUUUAGAAACUGCAAGAAAGGAAAUAAGCAAUAGAAAAGCAAACUCUUCGAGAACACCUAGUGGAGCCGCGUAUGCUGCAUCUGCUGCAUUAACAAAGAAAGCCGUUACGUCUACUCCACCAAAUGGAUCAAGAAUUAGUUCGGCGUCUUCUGCUUCUAAUAAUUCCAUGAAGAAUGCAAAUGCAUCUGAACCUGUAUUAGUUACAAAUAGCCCACUUUCUCCUACGAUUCCUCGUUCUUCAUCCUUAAGAUCUAUCUCUUCAUUAUCAUCUCAUUCUGCUCAUGGAAAAGCUAAACAAAGCGAAAAGCCUGCUCAUCCUCAUAAACUAGAUAGCGAAUGGUCGUGGCUUUUAGAAAGUAAUGAUGACCAUGUAGUCAAAUUUGGAGAAAUGAUUUUGUCUGUAAUGGAUACUGCAGUUUUGGAAAAGAAGGUGCACAAAGUUUCAGGUCAUAUAAUAAAUCCAAAUACAUUUGGAGCCCAACGCACCACUCUUUUGUCGCAGGUCGCAAGAAACGGGGGUGGAAUUACAGGGUUGAGGUCUGAUCCAAAUUAUGCGAUAUUAAAAGAAGAAAAUUAUUAUCAGGAAAACCCUAUCGACUAUGAAAAUAUUACAAAAGAGUACAAGUAUCCUAUGACACAUAAUGCUGCCUUUGCAACAGAUGUAGAUCCUAAUUCUGUCGUAUCACAUCCAGCUCCUCUAACACCAACAGCAUCAAAUAAUAGUGACGACAGUAGUUUUGGGAAAUUCAGGAAAUUAUUCCAUCACAAACCGGAUGCUGUAGGGGAAACUGUUUUAUGGGAUAAUGCUUACAAGAGAAUGUUUGUUUUAACGACGCAUGGUCAUUUAUUUAUUUUAACGAAAAGAAAUACACCGAAUACAACUGACAAUUCUUACUAUGAUAUUUGUUAUAAAAUCUUUUUAUAUCAGACUAGCACAAAAGUUAAAGAAUUGGUUAUCCCUAGUCAAACCGAUCCAAAUCAUAACUCAUGUUAUGGUGCCGUAGAAACACCAUAUAAAUCAUUUGUGUUCAAAUAUAGAGAUCAAGAUUCAAAGUCCUGGUUUAAUGCAUUUAAGAAAAGUAUAAAAAUUAAUCAUGAAAGACAUGUUGGAAAAGCAAAAAGGGAAGAUAAUGAUGGUAUAAGUAAUGCAGCAAAAGCAGCUAAUAUUGCAAGUCCAGUAUUACCAAGAGAAAGAACUCCGAAAGCGCUACCCGUAUCUCAGCAAAGUCCUGUGUUACAUCAGUCACAUUUUAUUAAGGAAAAUAAAACUUCAUCUGCACCAAUAGUUACCAGUCCAACAGGGAGAUCAAGCAGACUUUUUGACUCAUUUGUUAGUUCAAGGGAUAAGUCAAAGAAAUCAGCUGUUCCAGUACCUACAUCUAGUAAGUUAACGAAUGGCUUACCUUCAAAUGUAGAACAUACACCUGCUGGUUUAGGAUUGACAAGUCUGCAAAGCAAGUUCAUAUCUUCCUCAGAACCCAGCACAGGACAUAUAAAAAAUAGUAAAGGUUUAUUAAAAAAGACUGUAAAUGCAAGUAAUUCUAGAUUUUUGGCUAGAAGUGAAAGGUCAUUAAGAAAUAAAUAG